UCUAGUUUCAGAGUGAGAUUUGCCUGAUGAAUAACCGAGAUCCAGUCCUGCAGACCCCCACCCCCGCCCUGCCUCGCCUUCUGCUGGAGUCAGUGCUGUGUCUGUGCCUUGCAGUGUGCGACAUCCCUCUCUACGACAUCUGUGACUACAACAUCACCAGGGACCGGUGCAAGGAGCUCGGCUGCUGUUUCUACAAGGGCGUCUGCUACGAGAAAGCCGUUCCCGUUUAUGUGCACCUGUUAACUGCGCUGAUCGUGCUGAUUGCAGUGCUCUUCGUCAUUGCCAUCCUUUACAGGAUUUUACGGGACGCUAGAAGAAAGAAAGAGAUCCCCACAGGAAAGAAAGACAGCUAUAAGAUGUCAUCAAUCAAGUUCAGGCAGCCUGAGCAACUUUCUAGUCAAGAAGAAGUCGAGUCGGUCAAGCGUAGCCGUAGCUCCUCCUUGAAGAAGGAGAGUGGGUCCCAGGGAGAAGGUAGUCUGCUGUGAGGGGUCUGUUCCUGCCCCUGUGGCUCUUCCCUUUGUGUAUGCUCUCUGUCUUUGAUGACCCUCAGCAGGAAUGGCAAACACUGUCUUAGGGUGGG